AUGAGCAUAGAACAGGCAGUCGCGAUGGGACCCAGUGUGCUGGCUCUGAAUACUAUGGUGCCAGUAUUCUCCGGGGAUGGAAAGGGAGUUAACGUCCACGAUUUCUUGGAUACCAUUGAGCAGGUUGCGUUGAUGGGAGCGUGGGAGGACAAACAUAAGCUUGGAGUGGCGAGGUGCCGCGUCUCGGGGGGCGCAUACGACUUUGUCUGGCGAGAUGAAAAGGCUAAGGAAGCGAAAACGUUCGAUGCGCUCAGGGGCGUCCUCACGGCGAGAUAUGACACCGAGCCGCUCAACAUAAAGCUAAAGCGUUUCGCAGAGGCUUCUCAAAAACAUGAUGAAGACGUUCGCACGUUCGCCACGCGUAUACAGGCGCUUGGUUCAGAUACACUGCGUAGGAAAUGGGAAGGCAGUACGGCAGCUAAGGAUGAACAGAGAGCAAAAAUUGCUCGAGAGAUGAUGAGGGAACAGUUGUGUUCACAGUUUGUACAGGGGCUUCGUGAUCCUGUUCGCCGGCUGGUGCUGUCGCAUCGGCCUAAAGAUUUUGAGGAAGCGGUUGAAAUAGCGUCAGAGGAAGAGGCAAAUGAAAAUCUGGUCAAUCAGGUUCAACACGUGAGAAUUGUGGAGACGGACGAACUAACGCAGCUUAAAGAAAGAUUGGCGGGUCUAGAAAAGCUCCUCACUGAGAAGGAAGAACGUGAACAAAGGUUACAGAGAGCUCCUAGGCGUCGCUACACGGGCUGCUUUGCCUGCGGGGGAAGCGGCCAUUUUGCUCGUGAAUGCCGUUCCCGGAAAUCGGGGAGUGGCCUUGAGGGCGCGUCGAUGGCGGACACGGCGCCAAAAAACGUGUAG